AUGGAUCUAAUGGAGGAGGGAGACGUGAGCUGUGGAGUUAAAAACUGUAGCACGCCAGGCUUCCAGGGAAACUGCUCCAACCAAGACUGUCAGGAGGAGGAAACAAUAUUUGGAUCAGUUGAGUUAGUGUGUGUGACUGUGAUUUAUGUUCCACUGAUGCUCUUCGGCCUUCUUGGAAACACACUGACCCUUCUGGUGGUUUGGCUUCGCCCACACAUGAGAAGCUCCACCUACCUCUACCUGAGCAGCAUGGCUGUUAGUGACCUGCUGAUCCUCCUGCUGCUGCCUCUGGAUCUAUAUAAGCUCUGGAGACCCAGACCCUGGUCCUUAGGAGACCUCGUAUGUAAGCUGACCAUGUUCCUCUCCGAGUGCUGCACCUUCUGCACCAUCCUCCACAUCACCUUUCUCUCCCUGGAGAGGUAUCUGGCUGUCUGCUGGCCAAUCACCGCUAAGACGCUGGUGACACGUCGCAGAACCAGGGCUCUGAUUGGCUGCCUCUGGCUGGGAGCGGCUGUCAGUGCAGCACCAGUGUUGGUCAUGGUGGGAGUGGAGGAGGUCGGAGGAGGAGAGGAACUAGGCCUCAGGGGAUGGAGGGAGGAUGCAGGGUGGAUGGGCAGAGAAGGAGAACAGGGUGCAUUUAUUAUAGGUGGAGGGGAGAGAGGAAGUGGACACAUGACUUCAAUGCACGGAGGAUUGGAGGGAAUGAAGUGGGAAGAAAAAGAGAUAAACGGAUGGGGUGAAAGAGUUGCAGAGUUUGAGAGAAAACUGGGGAUUGGAGGAAAAAUGAAAGAAGAAAAAGAGGCUGACGAGGGAGGGGGGGAAAAGGAGGGGAAGGUGGAAGAUGAUGGGAUACAGCAAAAUAAAAUGAGAGAAGACGAGGGAGGCGGAAGGAAAGAGGGUGUUGAUAUGGGAAGAGAGGUUGACAACAGAGAGUGCCGCUGCACACACUUCGCCGUCUCCUCUGGCCUCCUGUCGGCCAUGAUGAUUCUCUCCAACCUGUACUUCCUGGUUCCCCUGUGCAUCCUGGGACUGGUCUACAUCCUGAUUGGACGGACUCUCUGGCUCCGUCCACAAAGAAGCCGUAAAGACAAGAGUCACCGACACGCAGUCAAGAUGCUGGGAGUGAUCGUCUUGGCCUUCGUCCUGUGCUGGCUGCCCUUCCAUGUCGGUCGGACCAUAUUCUCUCUUUCUCUGGGCAACUCCCUCUUUAUAUAUUAUCUGUCUCAGUAUUUCAACCUGGUCUCCUCGGUCCUCUUCUACCUCAGUGCUGCCAUCAACCCUCUGCUGUACAACCUGAUGUCCGCCAGGUACAGACACGCUGUGCGUAGCCUCGUGCACACGCACUGUCUCACACCGUCUCACCGACUGAGCACAACGCUCUCAUCAGGACACUCCACAACCACUUUGUAAACAUAUAGGCACACGUAACAACAGCAGAAACACAAGGUAGCUGUGAUGAUCACUGGUGGUUCUGCAACGACCAUAUUAACAAACUGAAUUCAGCUGCUUUCAGACCUGCACUGAACUAAGAUAUCAUGAGCUUUGACUGUAGGAGCAGCUAACACUCUGCUAACACACAGCUAACCCUGCUAACACAGCCAACACUCUGCUAACA